AUGCACCUUUCGCGCCUCUUAUUCUUCCUUGCAGCUUUGAUCUGCGUCUCUGCCAUUCGAACAUCUCCCAGGAAUACCUGUGUCAUCCCAGCCUCAGGUUCAAAUACCACCGAUGAUGCACCCGCCAUUGUUCAGGCUUUCAAGCAGUGUGGUCGAGGCGGCAAGAUCAUCUUCAAGCCAACCACCUACCACGUCAACUCAGUCAUGAACAUAACCUGGCUGGAGGAUGUCGACAUUGACAUCAAAGGAGAGCUCUUGUGGGGUACGAACAUCCAAUACUGGCUGAACCACUCGCUGCCUGUCGGCUACCAGAACCAAUCCACCGCGUUUAUCCUCGGAGGGAAUAACGUCCGGAUUGAUGGCCACGGCGUGGGAACGUUGAAUGGAAAUGGUGAUACCUGGUAUCAGUGGAUCCAAAAGCAACCGAACACGUCUAACUAUCCUGGUCGCCCGCAUGGAAUCACGUUCAACGGAUUGACUAAUUCGGUUGUUCGAGGACUGAGCUUUCUGCGAAGUCAGAUGUGGACAAUGUCGAUAAUAUAUUCCCAUCAUGUGCUUCUCGACAAUAUUCUGGUCAACAACACCGGGAAUGUUGUCUCCAGCUCCAACACGGACGGAGCCGACACAAUUCGAUCAUCGCACAUCAAGUUCAACAACUGGACGGUAUACAACGGAGACGACAGCAUCUCGCUCAAAGGCAACAGCACCGACAUCACGAUCACCAAUUCCCACUUCUACAACGGCCUUGGCAUUGCCUUGGGCAGUAUCGGGCAAUAUAAAGAUCAGUUCGAGACGAUCGAACGCCUGAAUGUCAAGAACGUCAAGUUUGACAAUACCCUGCACGCGGUCUACUUCAAGACAUGGACAGCGGAACAAAACGGCUACCCACCCAACGGUGGCGGCGGGGGACUCGGAUACGCUUCAGACAUGGUACUGAAGGACCUCACGGCCACAUCCCUGCGCGGAUCCGCCGUUGCGAUUUCGCAGUGUACGCGAUUCAUCGGCGCCCCGGGCCAAGGCAACUGCACGAGCUCGGAAUUCCAGAUUCGAGAUAUCACCGUGGCCAAUCUCAGUGGAACGACCAAGUCGUCUAGGGUGGCUAGUCUUCAGUGUAGUGCCGUGGCACCGUGUACGGAUAUUGGACUUCUCGAUGUUGAUCUAAAGCUUACGAAUGGAACGGCGGCUAGGCAGUACCUGUGUGGAAAUGUGAAGGACCCGAAGGGUUUCAAUUGCACGGGUCCGGUGUGUGAAGGUGGAAGCUCGACGGGGGAGUGUUAG